AUGUCCAGCUCCAAAUCUAGAUGGGCCGACGACGAUUCCGAGGCAGAAGCUAUUGCCGCUCAACGCAAACGAGAAAAGGAUGAGAAACGACGAGCCAAAGCUGAGAAGCAGCGACAACAGGAAGAGCUGGCCAAACUACAGGCAGCGCGGAGUCAAUCCGCCAAUGCCGGCCCCAAUGGCGACGCUGAUGCACCUCCGACGAAACGCCGGCGACUUUCAAAUGAGCAGCACCAGCAACAGCCGGAGUCCGACGUGAACUUGCAACCGAAUCAGGGCAAGUCAAGCUUGCUACAGUUCCCCGUGUUCGAAUGGGGACCGUGUCGCCAUGUGGACAACUUCGAGCGAUUAAACCACAUCGAGGAGGGCUCGUACGGUUGGGUCAGUCGGGCGAAGGAGAUUGCAACCGGAGAAGUGGUCGCAUUGAAGAAGCUCAAGAUGGACAACUCCCCUGAUGGAUUCCCCGUCACAGGUCUGCGGGAGAUCCAGACGCUGCUUGAAGCUCGGCAUCAGAACGUCGUCUAUCUCCGUGAAGUAGUGAUGGGCAACAGAAUGGACGAAGUCUACCUCGUCAUGGAUUUCCUCGAACACGAUCUCAAGACCCUCCUCGACGACAUGCGUGAGCCCUUCCUCCCCUCCGAAAUCAAAACGCUCCUCCUCCAAUUCAUCUCCGGCCUCGACUUCCUCCACUCUCAAUGGAUUAUGCACCGCGACCUGAAGACCUCCAAUCUCCUCAUGAACAACCGCGGCGAACUAAAAAUCGCCGACUUUGGAAUGGCGCGCUACUACGGCGAUCCGCCGCCAAAGCUCACACAACUCGUCGUGACGCUCUGGUAUCGGUCCCCCGAACUGCUCCUCGGAGCUGAAACCUACGGCCCGGAGAUAGAUAUGUGGAGUCUGGGCUGUAUCUUUGGAGAGCUCCUUACAAAGGAGCCGUUGCUACAGGGCAAGAAUGAAGUUGAUCAAGUAUCCAAGAUCUUCGCCCUAACCGGGCCCCCAACACCCCAAAUCUGGCCAGGAUUCCGCUCCCUCCCAAACGCCAAGUCACUCCGCCUCCCACCUACACAUUCCGCCCCGCCAAGGGGAACAACACCGCCUCUACUUCCCCGCUCGAAGUUCUCCAUCCUCUCCAACGCCGGUCUCCAACUCAUCUCUUCUUUGCUCGCGCUGAAUCCAGCUUCGCGACCAACGGCCGCCGAGUGUCUCACGCAUCCGUACUUCCGUGAGGAGCCGCGGCCGAAGCCGAAGGAGAUGUUUCCUACUUUCCCGUCCAAGGCGGGUAUGGAGAAGAGGAGAAGGCGGGAAACGCCAGAGGCGCCAAAGAGGGGGCAGGAGGCGCCGAAGCUGGACUUUGCUAGUGUAUUUGGUGGGCAACCUGGUGGGGAUGCCGGGGAGACAGGAGCCGGUUUUGCCUUGCGCUUCGGCUAG